AAAAAAAUAAUAAGACUGAGCUGGGAGCAGAGAUCUGCAAUAGAUAAACACACAUACACAGAGCAAGGCUGGAGAGAGAACCACGAAAGGAGAGAGGCAGGAAGAGAGAGCAUCAAAAUAGGGAUUGCUUCCUAAUAUUCUCUCUGGGAACUGCUUCCGUUCCUACUCUGAAGGCGUCAUCGUAAACCAGGAGAAGGGGAGCCGUCACUGGGACAAAGGCAGAGGAAUUGCAGCCUCUCCCUCCAUCUUCUAUUAAGAAACAGAAGAAGUGCAGGCUCAAGUGAAGCAGUGGCAUUCUGUGGCUUUGGGCGGUUGAUGUGAAAUGGAUGGGAACAGUCUCUCUCUGUCCAAGCUGUCUCUGUAAAUGACUGACCCAAUGGACGUCAAAGGCCAGUGUUGGACAGAUGAGGACUCAGAUGGGGAGAAUGAGCCAGAGCAGUUCCUGUAUGGAAUUCAGGGCAGCUGUGCAGCAGACCUGUACCGGCACCCCCAGCUAGACGCCGACAUCGAGGCUGUGAAAGACAUUUACACAGACGGUGCAGUGGCAGUCAGAGAGUAUGGGACAAUCGAUGAUGUGGAUAUUGACCUUCACAUCAACAUCAGUUUCCUGGAUGAGGAAGUGGCGACAGCCUGGAAAGUAAUUCGAACAGAACCCAUCAUCCUUCGACUUCGCUUCUCCCUCUCACAAUAUCUGGAUGGACCAGAGCCAUCUGUGGAAGUGUUUCAGCCCUCCAACAAAGACGGAUUCAGCCUCGGACUUCAGCUAAAGAAGAUUCUGAGCACAUUCACCUCUCAGCAAUGGAAACACCUGAGUAAUGAGUUCCUCAAAGCCCAGCAGGAGAAGCGGCACAGCUGGUUCAAGGCAGGAGGGACCAUUAAGAAGUUCCGUGCAGGCCUCAGUAUCUUCUCCCCAAUCCCAAAGUCUCCCAGUUUCCCACUCAUCCAGGACACGGUACUGAAGGGCAAACUGAGCGUGCCCGAGCUAAGAGUCGCCAGGCUAAUGAACCGCUCCAUCUCCUGCACUAUGAAGAAUCCCAAGGGGGAGCUGUUCAGCUAUCCCCCCAACAGCCAGACUGUGGCCGUCCCGGCGGGCAGGGCCCCUGCGCAGAUUACCACGCGGCAGCUGAUUGAAUUGUUUUUCUCAUCCCAGGCGGGCGGGCACUGCAAGAACAUCCCCACCCUGGAGUACGGUUUCUUAGUGCAGAUAAUGAAGUACUCGGAGCAGCGCAUCCCCACACUCAACGAGUACUGCGUGGUGUGUGACGAGCAGCACGUCUUUCAGAACGGCUCCAUGCUCAAGCCUGCGGUUUGCACCAGGGAGUUGUGUGUGUUUUCUUUCUAUACACUGGGAGUGAUGUCAGGAGCAGCAGAAGAGGUGGCUACAGGAGCUGAGGUGGUCGAUCUUCUCGUUGCCAUGUGCAGAGCUGCUUUGGAAUCUCCCCGGAAGAGCAUCAUCUUUGAACCCUAUCCAUCGGUGGUUGACCCCAACGAUCCCAAAACGCUCGCUUUCAACCCAAAGAAGAAGAAUUAUGAAAGACUGCAGAAGGCGUUGGACAGUGUGAUGUCUAUACGUGAGAUGACCCAGGGAUCAUAUCUAGAGAUAAAGAAACAGAUGGAUAAACUAGACCCUCUGGCUCAUCCACUACUGCAGUGGAUAAUAUCCAGCAACCGGUCUCAUAUUGUCAAACUGCCUCUGAGCAGGCAGCUGAAGUUCAUGCAUACGUCCCACCAGUUCCUGCUCCUGAGCAGCCCGCCGGCUAAAGAAGCCCGAUUCCGCACGGCCAAGAAGCUCUACGGCAGCACCUUUGCCUUCCAUGGUUCUCAUAUAGAGAACUGGCACUCUGUUCUGAGAAAUGGACUAGUCAAUGCCUCUUAUACCAAACUGCAGCUGCAUGGGGCAGCCUAUGGGAAGGGCAUCUAUCUCAGCCCCAUCUCCAGCAUAUCCUUCGGCUACUCAGGAAUGGGUAAAGGACAACAUCGGAUGCCAACUAAAGAUGAACUGGUCCAGCGCUACAACCGUAUGAACACAAUCCCACAGAGCCGUCCCAUUCAGUCACGCUUUCUGCAAAGCCGGAAUCUGAACUGCAUUGCCCUGUGUGAAGUAAUUACAUCUAAGGACCUCCAGAAACAUGGAAACAUCUGGGUGUGUCCAGUUUCUGACCAUGUGUGCACACGAUUCUUCUUUGUAUAUGAGGAUGGCCAGGUAGGAGAUGCCAACAUUAACACCCAGGAGCCCAAGGUACAGAAGGAGAUCAUGCGUGUGAUUGGCACUCAGAUCUACUCCAGCUGAGAGGGGCUUCCUGGGGCCAUGUGCAGGGGCUCUGGGCGCAUGUUCUUGGCCCCUUGCCAUAGAAACAGCCAGAUGAGGCUCUGCCUCAGCUUUCCUCAAAGCACAGAGGCAGAAGAGAGCCGAGUGUCUCUUUCUCUUUCCCCUUUUCCCCCUGGGCUCCUUUUCUCCCUUUGUUCUUUUUCUUCUCCUGUCUUUUGUGAGGAGCUCUGGACGUGUGUACCCUCCCCUGCUGUUGGGUUUGCCAUUUAGGGCGCUUGGGCCUGUUAGACCCUCCUCCUCACCAGCAGGAAGUGAGAUAAAAGGGGUAAUGGCAGAGCAAACUUCACAUGGAACUCUUUGUGACACAUGUGUCAUGCUACAAAGGCCUGCCUCUGUCACAAGCUCCCUGCACGGACACUGCAGCCAGUGGUGACUGCUAAUGAGAAGGCAGAACUUCGCAAGACUCCUCCUUGGGCUCGGAUGUCCACGUCCCCUCACUCCCCUACCAGGCCCCUUCUAAAGCAGAUCAAAAUGCCUGAUUGGAUGUCCAAGUCUGUCACUCAGGCUAUUCCCUCAAGCAUGGGGUGCUAUCAUUCCAUCCUCUUGUGCUGUCUCAUUUCCUUUCAGACCUAGGCUUCAUAACUGUAUAACACUUAUCUACUUUGCUGGACUCUUUAUAGUUCCCCAACUCCCUCAAGCCCAUUGCCCCUGAAUGUUUAUCAUUCUGAAUAUCCAUAAAAAGCAAAGUAAUUUAAAAAUGUUUAUUACAUUUUUUAGUCUGUGGAUAGUAAGUGAUGGAUCCACAUGCACUCUUAUUGUAUUUGUAAAAGCAUUAUCCUCUUGAUCUGUUUACUUUCAUAUUCUUUGAGUAAUGACACAUAUUAAUAUCCAAGAUGCAGUUAUCUCUGGAGUUGCUUUUGUUCAACAAUUCCUUCUGGUGAAAUCAAUUUCCUUUCUUUUUGUCUCCGGUUCGCAAUAUGACAGAAGAGCGUGCACACACACGCAAACACCCCCACACACACACGUGCACGUGCACACAAACACACACACGCACGCACGC